CUUUGGAGAUUUUUUGUUGACAUUUGUUGAGACUCAAUAAACCUCACUAGAUCUAGUUUAUCGUUAUUGAAAAUGUAUUACAAAAGCACAAUAGCCAAAUGAGGUUUUACGUUGAUUUUUCUGAUAUGAGUCUAUUUCAACAUUAUUAGACCUGAUCACCAUGGAAAACAAAAAGGGUAGCAAGCCAUUUUAUGCACUUCCAGAGAAGACCCCGACAAGCUCACAGAUUGUUAAUGCUGCUCGCUCAUCUCUACGCACUUUUGACACCAGACGUCCAAACACUCCACGUGACGAACAGCGACAUUUAUUCCCUUCAUCUACUAAUCGAACUCCUGAAACUAGACCCCCUAGUGCCUUUAGUCUGACAAGUCGUCAUUUUGAAGGUGCUGAUUCUAGGCCAGUUUCUGGGACAAGAUUAUCACCUUUAGAUUAUCACCCUAAACCCAUUACACCAUCUGAUGUUGAGAACAUUCUUAUCCCUCGCCCUCCAUCUGCUGAGCCCUCUAAAGUAGCUUCAAGACGGGGAUCAGGCAACAGGGCGAGGCUUCCAUCCACACUGAGCCUAGAAGGUGUAGAGAACAGUUCAUCAGAAGCUAGACCUGGACAAGGAGAUGAUUACUCCAGCCGAGAGUCCACGCGGGAUAAAGUCCAUGCUGAGCUUGUGACAUCAGAUAGAGGAGAUGUCUUGACUGACCAGUCACCCACUGUUGCUGGCAGCAGAGAGAGCAGUGCAGGAAGUCGCAAGUCCAGUGCUGGAAAAUCAAGUCGCAAUAACAGUGCAGGCAGACGUGAUGUGGCUGAACCAGAAGAUGUAUACACCACUCAAGUAGAGCCUCUGGUCACAGAGCUGGCUCAACUAUCCAGAAAGAAAGACUGUGAUCACAUCUAUGAGCUAGCAGGACAACUGUACACACUGCUAGAGAGUUUGAACUGCUUCACCAAACAGUUCCAGUACAGAGCCAAACUCCUGCAGACCAUAUUCAGGCUCCUAGAUGUGGACGAGGCCAGAGUUCUACUCAGACUGGCUAGGAUCAUUCUGGCUUUUAAAGUCAGUGGCAAGAAUCUCCUCAAUGUGUGCAAGCUUGUGUUUAAGGUUAGCCGCAACGAGGAGAACGAUGCUUUCUUCCUGGAGGAGAACAUUCUUAACCUACUUCUGGAGACAAUCAGGAACGCAGACCCCACCUCAUCAUGGGAGGCUUUAAUCUACUGUGUGGGGAGUGUCAAGUUUCUCACUGGCAAUGGGGAUGUUUUGAAGAGGCUGGCUAAGCUAGAUUGUGUGAAAACUUUGGCCGCUUUAAUGCACUCUAUAAAUAAAUUAAACAGAGACAGCAGUAAACCAUAUGACCAGUAUGGACAUAUUUUAGUACAGCUGACAGCUGCCCUGAGAAAUCUGGCAGACACCAGCUCAGGUAGGGACAGGUUUCUCACCCACAACGUCAUUGAUGGGCUGGUGCACCUGAUGGACACCUACCCAGGAGACAGCGACCUCAUGAUGUACAUCUCAAGAAUAUUGAGCAAAAUUACCCUUCAUUCUGACUGUUGUUUGGUGUUAGCAAACCAGCAACUGUGCUACAAAGUAUUUGUCAACUUGUUGAAAAAGCAUUUAACUAAAGAUGACUUGAUUGUGCGACUGUGUUUUGUACUUGGCAACCUGACAAUAAAAAAUGAUGUGGCUCGGCUGAAACUUUUCCAGGAAAAAGAUUCACUGGACACCUUGUUGCUUUUGUUACAGACGUAUUUAGAGCUGGAUCAGCAGGGUAAAAAGACAGCAAGUGUGAAUGGAGAAAGCCCACAGAACAAUGGAGGUGUAGAGAGAGAGAAAGAAAGUGAAGUGAGCAAAGUGGAGGAUGUUUUAAUCAAGGUGAUGAGAGUUCUAGCCAACCUGACCAUCAAUGAGGAAGUAGGGCCAACAGUGGGGGCCAACUCACAGUUCAUGAAACUCCUACUCAAGGUUGUAGAUCAAAAAGAUAUCGUCCACCAUGAGGAGGUAGUGGUCAACGCUGUAGUGGCCAUCAACAACCUUUCCUACUACACCACACAAGAUGAAUCUCAGAUGGCAUCACAUCUCAGCAUGGCAGCUACCUUACUAAAGCUGAUCAUGAACAACAACAUGGAUGGGAUACUAGAGGCUGCAAGGGUUUUUGGCAAUUUGACCAGACAUCGAGAGAUUAGAGAUUUUUUGUCUCAAAACAAGGUUGAUGCAAUAAUGGUGACGCUGCUGGACUCCAACAGCAGGGAAAUGGUCUACAUCGCCUGUGGUGUGCUGAUCAACUUCAUGUUGGAUGAAGAGAAGAGGCCCAUGUUGAAGAGAGAAGGAGGCAUCAAGAAGUUGAUUGAAGUCCUCCGAGACUUUGGCAGGGAGGACUGGCAGCUGAGUGGCUGUGUGUGUAAGGUGCUGGUCAACUACAGCUGCCGCAUCCACUCAAGUGCCAACAUCUUUGGUCAGGAGGAGGCCACAGAGCUGUCAGAGCUACUCACUGAAUAUUUAGACAAGGAGUCAGCACUAGGAGAGUCCCUGGCCGCUGCCACAGACGAGGAGAUGAGAGAGUACAUUGAAGAACUGUGGCAUGAGGAGUUCCUGUCUGUUGGUACCCAGCUCUGGAAGAGAAUAGUCUCACACUUGUCCCCCUUGGAACCUCUGGAAGCCCCGUCAUGAUCAGCCCUAGUCCUGUUGAUCAUCCAUUCCACUCUACACUUUACACUGCUUGAUUUUCUGCUUGUAGAAAGUCAUGUGACCACUGGACUGUGAUAAUAAACAUUGUGCUCAUCUUUUGUUGCUGGUUGUGUCAAGGCCCAAGUCUCCUGCUGGCGUGUGUUUCCCUACCAACUCAUUCACCUGGAGGUCAGAUGGUGCAGUGGUGUGUGUUGUAACCUGCGGGAGUUGUGCCCCUUGUUUUCUGUGGACAAUAUCGACUGUUGUGACUGCUAGUACCAGUUACCACUGAGCUACAUCAAACAUCUCUCCUAGCUGAUAGGGGAACCAUUAUGUCUUAACUAUAUAUGUAUGUACAAUUCUUCAACUGCUGAGAAACUAACAAUGCACAAAAAGUAAACUUGGGUAUAAGAGAGUGCCAAUAUGUGUGUGUAUGUGAGUGGCAACAUGGGUAUGUAUAAAGCCAUAUCAGUAUUGUGUCUGUUGUAGUCUGAUUAUGUUGGCCAUAAAACUGGCCAAAUGUGGUUAGUGUUUGAUUAGAUCUGAGGGCCUGUUGUUGUGGAGGACAUGUUUACAUCUUAAAUAGGUGGAUUGGAUGAGAGCAGAUAGCUCUAAUCCUAGCUUUAGACCAGACAUAUUUGAAGCUGCUAUUUAUUCUUCUGUGAUACAUCCAUAGCUUUUUAAAAUGAGUAAUUUAAUUUACUAGUCAUUUUGAUUUUAACACCUUUUUAGUUUGUGCACAUUUUAAAAAAAAUGGAAUUUAAAAAUAUGUUUAUAUUAAAAAUAUAAUUAGAAAAGUGAAACUAGUAAUUCAGUUUACAGUAUUAGCCAUUGCUAAAUUUAACAUCAUGUUUUAAAUAUUUUAUAUCUAAAUGUGUAAUUCUACAUUGUAAUAACUUAAAGAUUUAUAAAUUUCUUGCCGUUUGUGUCCAAUAGAAUUCAGAUCUGUUUAAAAGGGGUCAGGAUCAAUGUUCUCUGACUUUUUUUUUACUCAAAGUUCAUCCAUCUGUUUGAUGUCAUCUCAAAUUCCCCAAAUUAAAACUUCCCAACGUAAUUUUCAGUCUUCUGACACCAUGCUUUGAAGAUGAAGUUAAAUGAUGUAUUAGAGUGUGACUUUACAUCUUUCACAUUUUUUAAGGAAAUCAGUAUUAGAUACAAAUUGUGCAAAGAUUUUUCUUUAAUAAUUUUUGUAUUGCCAUCAUUGCCAUACAUUUAUAAAUGUAGGUCAGAGAAACUUUUUCCAAGUGAAACCUUGUCCUGUCAAAUGUAAACAAACCUGACAUGUUAAGAAAAUACUGUCAAAUGUAAACAAACCUGACAUGUUAAGAAAAUACUGUCAAAUGUAAACAAACCUGACAUGUUAAGAAAAUAAAACUUGGAUCACCCCACCAAGAUCAGCUGGAAACCACACAUUUGUGUAUGGGCUUAUUUUUUUAAAUUUAUAUUUUGUUUUAUUUCAUGUUCUUUUUUUAUAUUUUUGUAACAAAGAAGUUUAAAGGUUAUUAUUUUUAAUGUGAUGCUUAAUUGUGUGAUCAAAAAUUUCCAUAUUAUCAUGUGGAUUAGUUUUAUAUUUAUUUUAUGUCAUUUUUUGUAAUUAGUUAAUUAGAACGAGUUAGUGAUUGUUUCCC